UUCUAAAACCAUAAAAGACUCCGCGAUGGGAUAAUAAUGAGUACUUUCAUUUUUGUCAUUUUAUUUAGUAGUGGAGAAAGAAGUAUCCAGAUCUUUUAAAUGACUAGCGGAAUAUUACCAUACUUAUGGAAUUAAAAGUAUAAGGGGAAAAUGCACCUAAUACUGAAUCAACGAUGCAUUCAUGUGAAGGCUAGAUCACUAUUACGGGGCAGCUGGUACGGGUGGAAAUAACGGCAACUUCUUGAUAUACUAAGUAACCUAACCCAUAAUAGUAUGUUUAUAUUGCACAGUACUAAGAGUGAUGUUGUAUAGAUACUUUUACUUUGAAUGAGAAAGAAGCUCUAACGCACAGAGAUACACGGGUGUCCUCCGGGCCACGCGGUUGCAUAAAGAAGCACACCCCACUUAGAUUGAGUAACAGCCUAAACUGGUGUGUUCUGCUAACUCAACGUUAGUUAGUUUGCAAACUAGUGAGUUAGCAACCACCGGCAAACCUCUAUUAAACAAAGGCAGGUCAAUUAAACAUAUUUCACUAGAUAACGUCAUGUGGAAACGCAUGUAGCAACAGCUGUGGCUUCAACUUUAUUUUAUUUUGUCGCCAUGUCUUCCAGAAAGCGUCGAAGAUGCUUCAAGGACGUGACGGGUGUUUUAUUUCCGGACGAAGUGGAGAGGUCCACCGGUUCAAAACCAGCGGGCAGAGAACCGCCAUCGCUUUCAUCUGCGUCCUCCGCCAGGAGCUGGGAGCGGUGUGGAGACAGCUUCCUGGAGGCUGCAGCGAUGGAGAAUAAUCUCCAGACAUCAGGGAGGAAACUGUCUGACUAUAGAAAGUUCCCCACUUUAGUGCAGACCGCUGCGGUCAUCGAGGACCCGGUGCACAUCGCCUGGAGCUCCAGUGACGGUGAACAGUCCGCUGACGAGACCCAGGAGCAGCAGCAGCAGGUUCCUCAGAGACCAACCAGUCCUUCAGGUCCCAUUCAGUCCUACAGCAGAGCGCUGCGCAUGCUGCGCACGGACAAAGAAGACCUUCCUGCCAUUGACACAGACAGUGAUCUGGACGAAUCUGAGGAAGACGUCCAUAAGGACAGCGGGGAGCAAAUCUCCGACUGCGACUCCGAGCCCUCCGUUGAAAAACGAGAAGAGUCGCCCCUUCAACCUUCUGAUGUGACGGAGCCAGAGAUCUCGGGCCACGUGUCCGACGGCGAGCGCGUCGGCGUCCCCGUCUCCCCCCCCAGGUCUGGUGAGGGCAGCAGGAGGUCAGUGAGUGACUGGGUCAGGUCUGCUCGGGCGAUGCUGCGGACGCCUCAGAAAGCGCCGUCCAGGGCUCCGCAGGACUCCGCCAAAAAGAAGAGGAAGUUUCAAAGCGGAGGCCUCGCCGAGCGGCUCGGCCGGCUCCGGAGCAGACAGAGGUCCGCCGUCAGCUUCUGGAGGCACCAGUCCAUCUCCGACACCCCAACAGCAGCAACAACAACAACAACAACAACAACAACAGUGGACAGGCCCGGCGUGCUGGUGCUGGAGGUGCUGGAGGUUCACGAGGAGUGCAGCAUGCAACUGGCGAGCUGCUGCGAGCCCGCCCGCCCGCCUCCCGGAGAGGCCCGCCGGCGCCGAGACCCUCCCGCCGAGGGGGAGGGGGAGGGGGAGGGGGGGCGGCGGCGUCUGCUGGUGCUGUUCAGCAGAGAGACGGCGGCCCAGCUGAUCCCGGCGCCCGGCGACGUCGUCCACGUGUACCCGCCGUGGCAAAUUCUCUCCAUCGAGGGCUCGGGCUGUAACGCUGUUCUGAACACGCACUUCAGCCAGAAAGUCUUCUCCGCCGCCAAGCUGGACCCCGGAGGCCUUCCCCCGGCAGGCCGCCGCGGCCCGCCGCCUUUGUGCGGCACCUUUGGCCUGCUGGAGGCGGGCGGGACCACAGCGGAGAUGGAGCCUGUGCAAGGCGCCUCCCCCGGCUCUCGGCGCCACGGCGGCGGCGGCUCGCGGGCGUCGCCGCGGCGCAGCCUCUCCCUCCUGGAGGCCAUCGAGGGGCUCGGCCAGGCCGGCUGCGUGGGGCAGGAGGUGGAGGCGGUGGUGCAGAGGGUUUACUCCGUGCCCGUGCCCGACUGCUCCCCCGGGUCCACCCUGAAGGCCAGGCCUCCCUCCGGCUCGUCCUCGGCUCCCCCGCCGGCGGAGAAGGGCAGAACCAGGCUCUGUGUGCUCGUCCAGGACGGCUACGGGACCUUCAGCGUGGUCCAGCUCCACCUCCUGCCCUGCAGCGACGACCUCCACCACUACCGCCGCGAGUGGCAGGGGAGGACCUGCCGGCUGAGAGGCAUUAAGGUGGUGCAGCGGGUCACUCGAGAAAGGAGCACCAGGCUCUUCAGCCUGAUAGACAGCCUGUGGCCCCCAGUGAUGCCUCUCAAAGAUCACGGAGACACACCUGGUGUGCGCCGCCCUGGAGGCCGACCCGCGGGUGUGGCCCCGGGGUUCUGCUACCUGCUGUCGGGUCAGGAGAGCUCCGUGGAGCCCGGCGAGGACGGAGCCGCGUCGCCGCUUUACCGCCCGCCCGCCCGGCAAACCCUCCCGGGCGUUCUGCAGAGCGAGCGCCAAACCUGUCGCUGCAGUUUUGUCGCCACUGUUCUCUACAAGAGAGAAACGCAGGGUCGCGAUGUAGGCCAGGGUGAGGUUUGGCUGCUGCUGACGGACGCCGCUCUCCAGGAGGAGGAGGAGGAGGAAGAGGAGGAGGAGGAGGAGCGGCCGCCCGAGAGGCCGCGCGGGCGAACCGUGGCGCUGUGUGUCAGCACUUCCUGUGCGCUCACUUCCUCUGUCCUCGCCGCGCUGAACUCCCCCGCGCCCCGUCGCGUGUCCUUCACAGACGCCAUCAGAGAACACGGAGUCCUGUUGUGCGCGGAGCAGUCGGUGGUGGAGGUGGUGUCCGAGCCUCGGGCGGAGGCCCCGCCCGGACCUGUGCGACUGGAUCCCCUGACUCCCGAGGUCACACCCAACUCCGUCUGCUCUCUCUCGGGGGUGAUAGUCGGCGUGGAUGAGGCCACAGCUUAUUCCUGGCCGGCCUGCAACCGCUGUGGAAGUGACAACUUGGAGAUGUCACCGGAAACACCGCCAAAGCUGCGCUGUGGUCCCUGUGCAGCGCCGGUGGAGGAGCCAGACACCAGGAUUCAGCUGGAAGUGUUCCUGAGUUCUUCAUUAAGUAAUUGCACCUUGAAGGUGAAGCUGCAGCAGAAGACCAUCGCGUCCAUCCUGAACUCAGCAGCCCUGGGGGCUCACGAGUUCCCAGGUUACGACGUGGAGAACGUCCUGGGGCAAGCAGUGGGGCCCCUCGCCGUCUACGUCCGUGUCGUCACCAGGAAACCGGCCCUCUGGAUCGGCCUGGAAGAAAUCUGCCUGUGAGAGGAGCGACAUCAAUCCUCGGGCUUCAGUCGGCUCCAAGGAUCUGCACGAGAGGCCUCCGAAGGUCUGAGCCAGAUCGCCCCUCCCCCGCCCCGAAGGCCUCACUGACAGCUUGAGGUUGCAAGAAGACAAGGUCUUGUUUGUGUUUUAAAGAUACGCGAUCCUGUGGACUGGGAGUUGACAGCCCAAGGGUAGAGCGGUGGCGUGCAGUCUGUCAAAGCCGCCCAUCAACGGGAACUUUUGGCUCUUAAAAAAAAAAGUCAUCUACCUCUGUAUCAAAGAAACUUUCACUGUGUUAAUAAAGUUGGAUUUUUGCUGAUGUGACAUUUUCAGUUGCUCCCUCCACACAGUAGAUGUAAAGAUUACUCAGACCAGGAUAUUUCUGCACCUUUUCAGCAAUUUUAUUAUAGAUUCCAUAAACAAAAUGUUUUCAAGGGUUUCAUACAAACGAUAUAAAAGAUCAUGCGCUGGCUCUUAUACAAAGUUUGGAAUUAUAACAUGUACCAUAUCAUGUAAAUGCAGUGGUAAAAUAAUUUAAUACAGAGGACAAUCCCACAAAAAAUGGCAGCAACAUCGUAUAUUUUCCAGUGCCAUUAUGGUAAGCUUAAAAUGCAUCUGUUACAGAUGGUAAAAAUCGAGAAAAUGUCUGUUGAGGUAAGUCUGCUUAUGGCUCAGUCCACAGAUCCGUGAAUCUGUCACCGGCUCAAGGCGCUCGCGGAGCCCGCGAAGGACGGGUUGGGCAUCUGCUUGAAGAAGUCCCGGAGCCCGGAGAGCUCUCUGGUGAGCUGCUCGAUCGUUUUAUGGAGCUUGUCGUUGUCGGAGCUCAGUUCGAGCAGCUUGUGCUGCAUGUCCACGUUGCGCCGCUUGGCUUUGUCCCUGCUCUUCCGCACCGCGAUGUUGUUCCGCUCUCGCCUCUGCCGGUACUCCACGCUGUACCGGUCCACCCGCUUCCCCUUCUCCCGGCCGACCUUCCGCGGGGAGGACCUGGCCGAGCUGGCCGCGGAGCCGGGCUCCGGGGUGGUAGGGGGCGUCGGCUGCCCCGUCGGCAGGCUGACGGAGGUCUGCGCGCAGCUCUCGAUCUGCGAGGGCAGGGACGAGGACACGUCGCUGUCGCUCCAGUCGGACUCCUGCUUGAUGGGCGCGCAGAACGCCCCCUUCUCCAGCCCGAGGUCCGCGCGCCGCUCCGCCGCGUACGCGGCCGACAGCUGGUGCUGUUGCUGGUGCUGCUGGUGCUGCUGCUGGUGCUGCUGCUGCAGGUCGGCGCUCUGCGCGGGGGGGCUCUGCAUGUUGUAGAAGUCCAGCUUCUCCUGCUUCACGGUGUUGAACAGGUCGAGGAAGAGCUCGUCGUUGCACAGCUCCAGGUUCGGCACGGCCGUCAUGGACUCGAUGUACUGGCUGAAGUCGAUGGCGCUCUCGUCGUCGUACAUGGCCGCGGUGGCGGCCGCGGUGCUCAGCUCCGCCAUGGGUGGGGGCCCCUCGCCGCCCGGCUUGCAGAGCCCGUGCUGCGGGGCGCCCAGCUUGGCGCUCUCGUAGAAGUUAGCGGGCUCCACCGCCCAACUCAUGUUGCAUCGUGGAGACACGCAGCGGGAGUCCAGGCUGUAUAUGUCGCACAUGAACGCUGGUGACUCGCGCCCCCCCUCGGCCCCACGUGGUUUGGGAAGUAUAGUAACUUGUUUGAAGAGGCGACCUGCGGAUGUGACAGCGCAGUAAACCCGCAGAGGCGUUCUCCCACUUUUACUAUUUAAAAAAAAAAAUGAAGCGGUGGUUC